CCUCCGUUUUCUGUUCCGUUAAUUCACGUUUCUUUCCGUGCCUUUUUGUUACUGCUAAUUUGCCGUAGGGUAGUAGUGACGCUAAUUGAGCGACGCUGUCAUGGCAGCUUUGUGUGCUAGAUUGGCAGCAGUGUCUGCAGGGCUCACUGUUGGCACACACACAGUCUGUGCAGCAGCAGAGGAUGCUAAAGGUCCACAGCUAAGACCACAACAGCUGUCUGUUUACAGUCCACCUGCUUCAAGUACUACGUUUGUUGAAGAACAGCCUGGUCAUGUGCAAAAGGGAUUUUCUGCAAUUCGACAAACAUUCCAUCCAUUUAUUGAAUGGUAUAAAGGCAUUUGUAAUGCUGCAAAAAACGGGGUAUUAAAUACAGUUUCUUUUGGACAAGAUAGUUACAGUUUCAUAAAGAAUCCUCCUGAAGGAUUUUUGCCAAGAAUCACUGUAAUAGCUGUGUCUGGAUUUGCUGGUGUAGUUCUAGCACGGAAAGGUUCCAGGUUUAAGAAGGUGAUUUAUCCUCUUGGGCUGACUACUUUAGGAGUCUCUCUCUGUUACCCAGCUCAAGCAGUAGUAGUUGCAAAGGUUACUGGACAAAAUGUAUAUGCUGCAUCUCACUGGACGUAUGGGAGCAUCAGAUCAUUAUGGGAAAAAAGUGGUGCAAGCAAGACCACAUCAACUGCCCCAUUAGCUACUAAGGUAUUUUCUUUUAAAAUUUAA